AUGCAGGACUCCACAAAGGAUCUCGUGGAUGACCUGUUUGCCCGCCCAGCCGAGCCCGCCGCGGCCCCUUCGGUGGCAGCGGCUCCUCUCGUCGACGCUCUCUUUGGCGCCUCGGCCAGCACCGUCGUCUCGACCCACUCUCUGCGCGACAAUGUCUUUGGCGAGCUCACCGCACCCCCUCAGAGCCGCACCGCCACGGCGACACCGGCGGCGGCGGCGGCGGGCGGCGAGGCGAGCGGCGCCGGGCUGUGCCAGCACCUGCUCUUUCUCGUGCACGGGAUCGGCGAGCACCAGGACUUUUUCGACGACAAGGUGGUGUCAUGGGACGGGUCCGAGGGCGGCGUCGGAGGCAACCACGAGUUUCGCGAGCUGCUCGCCUCCCUCGCCUCGUCACGCCUGACGCACGCGCCGCUGUCGCUGCUCGUCUCUUCGGUCGAGUGGCACUCGGCGCUGCGCGCGGACGGAGACGUCAGCUCUGGCGGAGAGAGCGGCUCCGACGCGCUCGUCAACGCCGUCUGCCCGCCCGGCGUGACCGGGCUGCGCUCCUUCACGCGUGACAAUGUGAUGGACGUGCUCUACUACACGUCGGUCGCGCACGCGCAGCUGAUCGUCGACACCGUGGCCGACCGGAUCCAGAAGCGGUGGAGUGCGCUCUGCCGCGAGCGGCCCGGCUGGUGCGGCUCGGUGCACCUCUUCGGCCACUCCCUCGGCUCGCUCAUCGUGAGCGACAUGCUCAUGCACCAAGGCAAGUGCUGGCACGGCGUGCGCUACCCGACCUUCCCCUUCCCGGUGACGAACGUGUACGUCUGCGGCUCUCCCGCGCCGCUCUUCUUCGUCGCCCGCAAGCAGGUGACGGCGGUGCAGGCGGCAGACGCGGCCGAGGCUGCGCCGCCGACGGAGAUGCCGUGCCGCGGUGCGCCGUCUCUCCGCUCGGCAGUCACCUUCAAGAGUCUGCACGAGGCGCAAAAGGCGCCGCCGCCGCCCGCAAUGCUGCCGGCGGCGGGCAAGCUGCUGCCGGCGGGCGGGUCGGCGAAGCAGCUGCUCGCCGCACUCAAGGAGCCGCCGAGAGGCGAGGCUGCGAGCAGCGACAGCGAGGCGGCCGAGUCGGAGGCUGCGGCCGAGGCGGCGGACACGGCGGCGGAGGGGGAGGGGGGUGGAGAGGCGGAGGGGGGUGGAGAGGCGGAGGGGAGUGGAGCUACAGAGGCGGAGGCGGACGGGGGUGGAGAGGCGGAGGCGGAGGGGGCCGGAGGGGCGUCGGGGGGUGCCGCGGGGGCGUCUGAGGCGGUCGACGCUGGCGGGUCGAGGGGAGAAGCGUUGGCGGCGGCGACAGGGCUCGGGCGGCUCGUGCUUGGGGAGGCGGGGGUGGAGGCGGAGGCGGAGGCGUCGGACGCGGAGGCGAAGGGGGGGUCGGAGGUGGAGGCGGAGGCGGAGGGGCAGCUAGAGACGUCGGAGGACGGGUACAAGAGCGACGAUGAGGCUGCGGACUCGGACCACCCCGGGCCAGCCGGCGUGGAGGCUGCGGCGGCGGCGGUGGCCGCGGAGGUUGCGGUCGCCGCCCAGGCGGUGGCGUCGGCGGGGCCGGCGGCAGCUGCCCCGCUCACCCCACCAAACGCGAAGCGCGCCGGCCCCGGCCGCUGGUUUAGCCGUCGCGCGCCUUCGCCCGCAACUGCGGAUAGCAAGGCGGCGGAGGCGGAGGCGGCGGCGCCUCCCCGAGAGGGAGCAGCGGCGGCCCCGCUUGCGGCGCAGUGCAGCACGCUCGUGACGGAGGUGAUGGGCGAUCUGCACACCAGCCCCGGAGCGUCACGCAGCUCGCCGUCGGCGCGCUCUCCUUCCGCGGCGCGAGCCAGCCUCGCGCCCGCCGUGAGGGAGGAGCUGCGUGGGCUGUUUGGCGCCGUCAAGUGCGGCCCGCUGCAGAAGCGCGGCCAGGGCGCCGUCGCGAGGUGGAAGACGCGCUGGUUCGUGCUGCACGAGGACGAGCUCGCCUACUACUCGCGCGGCCUCGCCGCCGCCCCGCCCCGCUUCGUCGGCGCCGCAAGCCGCGCGACCCUCCGGCUGCACAAGCCGCCGCAGGGCGCGACGGCGCGAACCAUGACGACCCGCAACCUCUCGUGGGCGUUUGGCGACGGCCACGCGGUGUUCCUGCGCGCGCCGGCUGACUCCCUCAAGCUGUGGAUCGACGCUUGCGAGGAUCGGCGCAUGCCCGUGCAGCGGAACUUCUCUGCCACCGACUGA